ACAAAACCAAUAAUAUUCAAUAUUGGGAAGAAGAAGAACAAGCUGAGCUGUUCACCACUUGUAUCGGCAUGGGUUUAUAUGAUUUGGCUAUAGACAUGCUAAAGAGCAACCCAGGACUAGCUAAGGUUAGAAACAAAUAUGAUGAAACAGGAUUGACUGUGUUAGCACGAACACCUCUAACUUUUGUUGGUAAUGAUGAGAGUCAAUCAGCUGGACUACUCAAGAGUUUUCUUAAUUUAUCAUGUUUAAAGCUGCCGCAUUUAGGAAAAUCAAGGCAGUAUUCUCAAGCGUUAGACUUAGUCAAAAUGCUUUGUGAUUAUUGCUUGAAUAAUUCUGAUGAAGAGAACCAAAGCUCAACUGCGGAAGUUGCAAAUCUACUAUUUGAUGCGGCUGAAGCAGGGAAUGUGGAUAUUUUAAUCAAACUAAUGCACUUCAACCCUGACCUACUGUGGGUCAAAGAUACUGAAAGAGGAACUAUCUUUCACGUGGCGGUUGAGAAUCGUCACGAGGACAUAUUCAAUUUGCUAUUUGAGUUGGGUGCAAUUAAGGAUUUUAUUGCAAAACAUAUUCCUAGCAAUGACAAUAACUUGCUUCAUUUUGCUGCAAAAUUACCACCUCAAAAGAAGCUCAACACUGUAAGCGGUGCAGCUCUUCAGAUGCACCGAGAGCUUUUGUGGUACAAGGAAGUAGAAAAGAUUGUACCAACUCCAUACAGAGACUUGCCUAAUUCAAAAGGAGAAACCCCACGUGCUUUAUUUGAAAAAGAACAUAAAGAAUUGAAAGCGAAAGGUGAGAAGUGGAUGAAGGACAUAGCAGCUUCAUCUAUGUUGGUUGCUACACUUGUUGCGACAGUAAUGUUCACAGCCGCAAUUAGUGUCCCUGGUGGAUUCAAUACCGAUAAUGGAGUUCCAAUUCUUCUAGAUAAAAAGCCUAAGCUAUUUCUGAUUUUCACAAUAUCAGAUACAGUAGGGCUAUUCUCCUCCACAGCUUCUACUCUGAUAUUCUUGUCCAUCCAUACCUCUCGCUAUGCUGAUGAUGAUUUCCUUAAGUUCGUACCAUUUAUGUUGAUGUUCGGAGUUACUACGCUUUUCAUAGCCCUAACAGCCAUGACGAUCACUUUUUCUGCCACCUUUCUUCUUUAUUAUCAUCACCAUGGAUUUGCUUUCAUUUCUGUCAUUGUGGGUUCUGUUCCUCUUCUUUACCUUUUAUUAAUUUUUCCUCUUUUAGUUGAUCUUCUGCAUGCAAUUCGUGGUCCUAGGUUUCUGUUUAAGCCAGGAAAACAUCUAUUUCACUAGCUAGUAAUUGUCUACUUAUCAUGAUA